AAUUCAUCGGUGACGGUAUGGGGUCGAAUUAUUUAAAUUGUUAGUCAGCCAGGCUUGCGCCACUCCUGGUAACUAGAGGUGUGUAAAAUUUAGACACUUCUGAUCUAUGGUAUGUAUGUGUAUUUACUUGCCGAUAUAAAAGCAUUUCAUGUGCUUUUGCUUGGGAAUGAAAUGGAGAUUAUUUGAAUUUUAGUGCGAGAGCGGCAGUCAGUCGUCCUACCACGUGCAUCGUUGUCGACUCGUAUUCGGGUGUGUACGCAUGCGUUCGUUUUUGUUGAAUCGGCAUCUGGUGUGUAUACUUUGUGAUUUAGUAAUCGCUAAAUAAAAAUGUGGCAGUUUUGACGAUCAGAAUAUCGUUAUUUGAUUCUCAUAAGUGACAAUCUACACCGCAAGACGGGUUCAUUCGCUGAACAAUAUUUAUUGCAGCGGUGCAACCUGCGGAAACUCGAAACGUCGGACUCGGGGUACCCUAUGCUUUUUCAACUACUUUUUGCUAUUACGCGAUUGGGCAGGUCUCCAAAGAAAAAAUUGAGUUCGUAGUGACGCAAAUGUAAAUUAACGAAAACAAGUGGACACUUAAGACAAUUUUUCGUAAUUAUUUAUGUUUAUAUAAAGUGUAUAGAGACUAAUAAUGAGCAACGCCAGAAGGAAUAAUUUGAAGAAAUUCUCCUUUAUAGGAUUCCAGGAUCGUUCAUUAGUGAAUAAUGGCAGCACUAGCAAUGGUGGAGCCGCACAGCUUGAUGAAGAAUGUGCAAAAGUAUUUGCCAUGGAUAAUGAUUCCAUGGGCUUCGAUUUCCACGAUCCUCCUUUCUUUGGUUUGCCAAAAUACGGGGAAAAAGAUUACAUUCAUCACAGACAUGCUUACCCACACAUGUAUGCUCCGCUUAAAAUUGGUUCGAAGUCGAUGAAACGACGCAUUUCUCAACCAACGACGCCCGUUCCCUCCAACCUCGGUACCCCAACGGGCUCAAUAACCGAAUCGCCUACAUUGGAAUUGAAACAAUCUGAUACGGUAAACCAAACAGAAAAUCACCAACUCGGUUGGGUGUUACCACAAGAUAAAAAAGCUGAUCUGGAUACAUCUAAAAGUUCCACUACAGAUUCACCCCCUGUUGGUAUAACAGAUGUCAGUAACGUACAUUCAACUUCCCAACGAGAAUCUGAUUCGGAAUCAGAAUGCGUGUUAUCUGACCCCUGCAGUUAUCUCAACCGCGAAAACAUUGAAGGUUCUCCAGAACGAAAAGUAUCUUUUUUACACAAUGAAAACGUUGAUAAGUUUGACAUAGACGGUCUUAAAGAUAAGAAAAAACGUAAACAUCACCAUCAUGGGCACCAUACACACCGUUCAAAGUUCCGGAAAUAUUCUCUACCCACAGAUACCAAACACUAUCAAAAAGAAAAUUCUGAUGUUAGUUUCAACAAAUCUAGAAGGAUAUCUACUCAACCGGAAGACCAAGACCUGACGCCUAAUGAUAGAAAUCAAUUGGACAGUCAUAGAUCAGAUGAUCCCCGCGCUCUUAGAAGACCUAAAACGACGCAUAAGGGAUCCCUUAUGCACGUUGGAAAAGUAUCUGAUUUACAUCCUUAUCUCAAAAAGCUUUACGAUCAUAGCCCUCAUGCGAUAUUCGUUGAAUUGGCAGAGUAUUUUAACGGAGAAGCGACAGAAGAUCGUGAAUGGAAGCAACGAGCUCGAUGGAUCAAAUACGAAGAAGAUGUAGAAGAAGGAGUAGACAGAUGGGGUAAACCACACGUUGCUUCCCUGAGUUUUCAUUCUUUACUGAACCUCAGGCGAUGUUUGGAAGAAGGAUUGGUUAUUCUCGAUAUGGAAGAAAAAGAUUUGCCAGGAAUAGCUUACAGGAUAUCAGAGGAUUUGUAUAGGGAGGAUUUGAUAAAGGAAGAGGACAAGGCGAGAGUAAUGAGAACGUUGCUACUUCGCCAUAGACACGUUAACGAUCACCAAAGUUCGGGAUUCAGAUUUGCCAAUAAGAAACAUUCAUCCUUACAAAAUUUAUUUGAAGCAGAAAAACGCAAAGUAAGUUUCUCCAUAGACGGUACGUUAAAAAAUGGCGAUCCAUCUGGUGACGCUCUGUUAAAAUCAAAUGACAAACCUCAUACCAUACUAGAUUUGAAAGAUGGAGAAGGGUUAUUUUUUUCCACCAGUAGCGAAGAUAUCAGAAAAGCUCGCAAUGACGCUUUAUUUAAGAAAAUUCCUGUUGGUGCCCAAGGAUCCACGGUUCUUGUUGGAGAAGUAGACUUUUUGGAACAGCCAGCUAUAGCAUUCGUACGGUUGGCAGAAGGAGUGAUUAUUCCUUCUUUGAUCGAAGUUGACAUACCAGUAAGGUUUAUUUUCCUUUUGCUUGGCCCAAAACUGCCUAAUAUCGAUUACCGUGAAGUUGGUCGUUCCAUAUCAACCUUAAUGGCCAACCAACAAUUCCACAAUAUCGCUUACAAAGCAGAAACUAGAAAAGAGUUACUUUCAGCAAUAAAUGAGUUCCUAGAUGACAGUAUUGUUCUGCCACCUGGCGAUUGGGAGCGACAAGCCUUACUUCCUAUUGAAGAAAUUAAGGCUAAAAGUGAGGCUAUAAAAAGAAGGAAGGAAAAUGCUUUGAGAAAAGCUCAGGAAGCACAAGGAAUUAUAUCGACCCCUCUGUUAUCUCAAGAUGAAGAAAAGAAGCCUCCUUUCGACGACCCUCUACAACGUACCCAUCGACCAUGGGGCGGUUUAAUAAGAGACUUAAAGCGUCGUUAUCCAUUUUACAAAAGCGACAUUACUGACGGUCUAAAUGCUCAAUGUUUAGCCGCUGCGGUUUUUAUGUAUUUUGCGGCAGUAUCGGGCGCCAUUGCCUUUGGAGGUCUGACGGGAGAUAAAACAGAAAACCUUAUAGGCAUAUCAGAAACUCUUCUAUGUACCAGCAUAGGAGGAAUCAUUUUCGCAAUUUUCGCCGGCCAGCCCAUGAUUAUAGUGGGUACGACAGGAGCACUUCUACUAUUCGAUCAGAGUCUGUUCGAAUUUUGCAAAUCCAAUAACAUUGAAUUUUUAGCAACUAGAGUUUUCGUUGGUAUAUGGUUAGGAAUAAUUGGAGUAGUUAUAGCAGCUUUUGAAGGCAGCCUUUUAGUUAAACUGUUCACUAGAUUUACCGAAGAUAUAUUUUCAACUCUCAUAGUAUUAUUAUAUAUAUUGGAGAGUUUGGCAAAAGUGUUUUAUGCGUAUGAGAAGCAUCCAUUGUUGGCGAAUUAUUGUGAUAGUGCUACUUUUCCAAUUGGUCCUAAUGAUUCGGUUAUUGGCGAUAAUAAUACAGACUUGGAUGGUGAAAGACUAGAAGUUAUCAAAGUUCCUAUGAUCGACGAACAUGGAAGUCCCAUCAACCAACCCAACACGGCGCUCUUUUGUACAAUACUCACAUUUGGAACGUUUGCAAUUGCUUACUAUUUGAGAAUGUUCAGGAAUAGUCAGUUUUUAGGAAGAAGUGCUAGAAGAGCACUAGGAGAUUUUGGAGUACCAAUAGCAAUAAUAAUAAUGGUCUUUGUCGAUUAUUUGGUCCCAGAAACGUAUACAGAAAAACUUAAUGUACCUGUAGGAGGAUUGAAACCGUCAAAUUCUGAAAAAAGGGGAUGGUUUAUAUCUCCAGCGGGAGUACCUAUUUGGAUAAUGUUUGCGUCGGUAGUUCCAGCUGUUCUCGUUUAUAUAUUAUUAUUUAUGGAAACACAUAUUUCUGAGUUAAUAAUCAGCAAACCUGAACGGAAAUUGAAAAAGGGCAGCGGUAUCCACUUAGAUAUCGUUAUUAUUUGUCUCACUAACAUUAUUUGUGGAUUCUUUGGAUUUCCGUGGCUAUGUGCAGCAGCAGUACGUUCCAUCGUUCAUACCUCGGCUCUGACAGUUAUGUCAAGGACCCAUGCUCCUGGAGAAAAACCACAUUUGAUAGAAGUAAAGGAACAGAGAAUGUCUGGAUUUUUUGUCGCUAUCUUCAUAGGCUUGUCCAUUUUUAUGGCACCUCUAUUGAGGUUAGUACCAAUGGCUGUGGUUUUGGGUAUUUUUUUAUAUAUGGGUGUAGCCUCGAUAGAUGGUAUACAAUUUUUCGACAGGACGAAAUUGCUCUUAAUGCCAGUAAAACAUCAUCCACAAGCUUCAUACGUCAGAAAGGUUCGAACGUUGAAAAUGCACUUAUUUACGAUGAUUCAAUUAGUUUGUUUGGUAAUCUUGUGGAUCGUCAAAUCAACAAAAGCGUCAUUGGCGUUUCCAUUCUUCUUAAUCCUGCUGGUGCCGUUAAGAUCACAACUGAACCGUUUGUUUUCUCAAAGAGAACUUCGAGCGCUUGAUGGUGACCAAGCUGACGUAGACGACGAAGAACCUGAUUUUUAUGCAGAAGCGCCGCUUCCUGGUUAAACGCAAUAUCUAUAUAUCAAAUAGCGAGGUCAAAAAACUAAUGUUAUAAUCUUUAUAUAUAAUUAUUAUAUUACAUACUUACAUACUUUUA